AUGGUUGCUCAAGAAUUGCAUCUGAUCUUAUUGAUCUUCUUUAAUCAUCUGAAUUGCUUGUUAAGUCAACAAGAAGAAGCCAGUUUCAUCUACGAUGGCUUUGGCCAAGCUCAAGCUGAUCUUCAUCUAGAUGGAGCUGCAAAAAUCAUCUUUCCAAGUGGAUUAUUGCAGCUUACCAACGCCUCGACGCAGCAAAUGGGUCAUGCUUUCUUCAAGCAGCCAUUCGAGUUUGAUCCAUCUGUGAAGAAACUCUCUUUCUCGACUCAUUUUGUGUGCGCACUUGUGCCUUAACCGGGAGCUGAUAGUGGCCAUGGAAUUGCCUUUGUUGUAUCUUCUUCCAUAGAUUUCACACAAGCAGAUCCAACUCAGUACUUGGGACUUUUCAACAUCUCAACAAAUGGAUCUCCAUCUUCUCAGCUUCUAGCUAUUGAGCUAGAUACCGUCCAAAGCGCAGAGUUUGAUGAUAUCGACAAGAAUCAUGUAGGUAUAAACAUAAACAGCCUGAAGUCUGUAGAGUCCGCUUCAGCUUCUUACUUUUCAAACACCAAAGGGAAGAAUCAAAGCAUAAAGCUCUUAAGUGGAGACCCUUUACAAGUCUGGGUGGACUAUGAAGACGCUAUCCUCAGUGUCACAUUGGCUCCUUUAAGAAUCCAGAAGCCAAAACAUCCUCUUUUGUCAAGACCCAUCAACCUUACUGACAUCUUCUCAGAUCAAAAAUGGUUCUUCGGAUUCUCUGCAGCAACAGGGUCGUUGGUUAGUUACCAAUAUAUCUUAGGAUGGAGUUUCAGCAGAAGCAGAGUGUUGUUGCAGAGACUGGACUUAUCAAAACUUCCUCAGAUUCCUCAUCCAAGAGCCAAGAAGGAGCAAACUUCUCCUCUGCUUAUCGCUUUACUCGUGUUACUAGCACUCAUAACGUUGGUGGCUCUUGUAGGAGUUUACUUAUACAGGAGAAACAAGUAUGCAGAAUUCAGGGAAGCAUGGGAAAAAGAAUACGGUCCACACCGGUUUUCUUAUAAAUCUCUGUACAAAGCAACAAAAGGGUUUGACAAAGAUGGUCGUUUAGGGAAAGGAGGUUUUGGAGAAGUCUACAGAGGAAACCUGCCUCGCAUUGGAGAUAUUGCGGUAAAGAGAGUUUGCCACGAUGCAAAUCAAGGCUUGAAACAGUUUGUGGCUGAAGUGGUGACUAUGGGAAGUUUAAAGCACAGAAAUUUAGUUCCUCUUCUCGGAUAUUGCAGAAGGAAAGGAGAGCUUCUUCUGGUCUCUGAAUAUAUGUGCAAUGGCAGUGUUGAUCGAUACUUGUUUCACAGAGAAAAACCGUUUCUUUCAUGGUCGCAAAGGUUUGCGAUUCUGAAGGAUAUUGCAUCUGCUCUGAACUAUCUGCACACAGGAGCUAGCCAAGUUGUGUUACACAGAGAUAUAAAAGCUUCUAAUGUCAUGUUAGAUUCUGACUUCAAUGGAAGGUUAGGAGAUUUUGGAAUGGCGAGGUUUGAAGAUUACGGAGAUAGCUUACCCGGAACAGCAGCUGUAGGAACAAUGGGUUACAUGGCACCUGAGCUAACAACAAUGGGAGCUUCUACAAGAACUGAUAUUUAUGCAUUUGGUACGUUCAUGCUUGAAGUAAUCUGUGGAAGGAGACCAUUAGAUCUCAAGAUUGCAGAUGAGAAACGGCAUUUGAUCAAAUGGAUUUGUGAUUGCUGGAGAAGGGAUUCUCUGGCUGAUGCUAUAGAUACAAGAAUGGGACUUGAAUACUCAGAAGAGGAAACCGAGAUGGCUCUGAAACUCGGAUUGCUCUGCACUAACAUUGUGGUGGAAUCAAGACCAACCAUGGAACAAGUUGUACAAUACAUAAACAAGAAUCUCCCAUUACCCAUUUUCUCACCAGAUUCUCCAGGGAUUGGAGUUUCUACUCCGGUUUUGCUGGAGACAGCCUUCACUUCAAGAUGCUCUUUAGCACCAUCAGCUUCUCCUCCUUCGCCUCAUAACUCCAUGUUCGUUACUCACACAAUCACAUACGGAGAUGGAAGGUGA